AUGUCUACGCAUCAUUCUAUGGUAUCAAAAGCAGUUGAUAUUGUUGCUAAAUCUGUCAUGGAUUUGGAUAGUAAUGCAUUAACACGCCUUACAAAAGCAUUGAACGAGGAAGCAACAAUUAUUUUAAAGGAACUUGAGAACAAUGGGCAAAAUGUCAAUUCUGAAAUACUUGCUGCACGAUUAGAUGGAAUGCUUAUGCGAAUCAAAUAUGAAAUUUUAAAUCAGGUUCAUAACAGUCCAAAUGAAUUUCCGAUAUUUAAUGUAUCACAUAAUCCAUCUGCACCUUAUCCAAACCCGAUUAAUCACCUAUACGAUAAACGUUACAAAGACGCUUAUUCGACAUUCAUUAACCAAUCUCAAACGCUAGAAAAUGACGUCCCUCCUACUUCUUCAGGUAUUCUGCCGCCGUCACCGAAAAUAGUCAACUCAGCAAAUGCUAAUACCCCAUUUAACCCGAAUCUAUCAUUGCCCCAUCAACAUCAACAACCAAUGCCUGUCUACAACUACAACGACAACAGACCGAAUAAUAUAUUCAUGCAAAAUCACUAUCCAUCACACCAACAGAAGCCUCAGUAUUUAUUGGGAACUAUGCCACACAGUCAUGAAAACAUCAACAUUGGAUUUAAUAAUUUGAGACAAAGCUCAACUGUAGACGAUAUAGACUAUAGACAGUUUCACCAUCAUAAACAUCGUAUUCCUUCAAACAUUAACGAUCGAAGUUUCGAGCUACCAUACAAUCAUCACCGAAAGGAUCGAAAAGAAAAAAUUAAAGUUUAUAGUGAUGAUGAUCCCAAUACAAUUUUAAAAAUACGUGAUGGUCAAGAUUAUUCACGUAAAGUUUAUGUAUCACCUGAAGCAAACAUUGGUGCGAAUACUGUGUUUGAUCUAAUGGCUGCCGUGGAUUCGAGACGAAAAACCGAUACACCAUCGAAUGCGGAUCGUGUCAUAAUCAUUGAUCGAAAUAAACCUAAAGAUAAAAUGAGAUUAUUUGGAAUUCAACGAGAAUCACCAAAAACACCGAAGUUCUAUCCAAAUAAUUUAUCACUUCCAGCAACAAUGCAUAAAGUAGGAAGGAAUUUUCAAAUACCGUCCGGAUUCUAUUAUCCAGUGUUGCAUAAGCAAUUAUUUUUGAAAAUCCAUCGUAACAAAUAUUUUGAAGUAACACCAAAAGAAGUUCAAUUUGAUGGAUUUGAGAUUAAUGAAACUCAUUCAAAAGAAAUUCGAAUUAUUAAUAGAUCUGCUGAAGUUAUGCGCGUGGACAUAAUACCACCGCUAACAAAAUACUUCAGUAUUAACUAUAAAAAACCGUUAAGAUUAGUACCCGGAUUUUCAAUUGAUGUUACCGUUCAUUUUAAACCGGAUAGUUGGCGAUAUUUCAAUGAUGCCAUUCGAAUUCAUACUCCAGAUAAAACUAACUUACUUGUUCCAUUACAUGGUUACCCAAUUGUUUUUUUAACCGGCCUACCAGAAUAUUACCAAUUUCCAAAUACGGCUGUCGGAAAUGUCGUGACAAAGACCUUCUCAUUCCAAAGUGCCGCACCUGUUGAAUUUGAAUAUCAAAUAGACAUUUUAAGUCAAGAUCCAGCACUAUCAAUCGAGCCAAUGGAAGGUAUCAUCGAUAGUUCAAAUGUGACAAGUAUAACAGUAACUUAUGCACCAACUUCUUUCUGUACAUCGCGUUUAUGUGUUCAAAUUAAUGUUUCGCAAUUUCAUUCUCAACCAUUUCUCUGCACCUUUAUGGGAAAAUGUUUGCCCGGCUUGACAAGAGAACAAGUGAAGAAAACAUUGAAUAUAUCUGGUCAAUUUUCAACAGACAACAUCAAUCUUGUUUCGUCUAAAAAACAGUCGAGUAUAAAUCAAAAAUCAAAGACGACACGAGGUUUCCAAUCAUCAGCUAUUGUUCAUGAGUCAAUUAAAACAGAGAUAGAACGAGACGGUCUAAGAAUUCCAUCGCAACUAAACUCUACAUGGGCCGUUUCGAAAGUAUUACUACAAAAAAAAGGCAAAAUCGCAUUGAAGGAUUUGAGAAGAUUAAACGACCUAAUGGAUAAUCAGACGACGGGAAUGACAAGACAAAAAAAGGAAACAAUAUUUUUACAAGACGUAAACAGAAUUGAAGAAGAAGAACAACGAAAUAAGAUCCGAUGGCAAAAAAAAUUGGGUUUUGAUCCAAUAUCGAUAGAUGAUCGAAAUGAUAUUCUAAACAGUAGAAAUAUAUCAUGGGCAGAAUACAAAAUUCGCAUUGGUAAUCCAAUACCAGAAGAUGAAUAUAAUCGAGAUGAAACUAAAUAUUCUCAACAACGAACAAUUCGCCCAUUGGGAAUGAAUGUCCGUACCGAUGCUGAGUUUGAUAUUCAUCAAAAUAAUUUAUGGCUUAAUCGAUUAAAUGUACUUGACCAUUUUGCACAAGCAGCCAGAAAAGUUAUUCUACAACGACGUUUAUUAAAACGUUUAAAAUCAAUUCAAGCAUUAAUUGAAUCAUGGAGAGAACAAAAAUCAAAAUCAAAAGAUUAUCAUACAGUAGAUGUACAUGAUUAUUCAAUUGAUUAUCUGAAAUUAUUACGAGGUGAAACACUUGAAAGUGAUCCGAUUAUAUUAUCGGUUCAAACAAGUCCUAUGGGUACAUUUCAUUUACCACGAACAGACGAAGAUGAACCAGAUAAGACAAAUAGUAUAGACACAAUUGGACAGGUGAAUGCUCCAGUUCUGUCAUUUAAAAAUCGUUAUGUUCUACUAAGUAUGCCAUUGACUGUUCCAAAACAAUAUAUUCUCAAUGGUUAUAAAUCUUAUGAUCCCUCAUUGUACAGACAAGAUUAUGUUACGUUUAAAUUAGCGAGAUCCUUACGUACGGGUGCAGAAGAUGAAUUAAUUAAAUUGGAUGAUUCAGAAACAGUUAAAAUUGAUAAAAAUGAGCAAAAAACUGAAAAGUUAUACGAUGGUACAAAAACAACUAUAGCUGAUCCAAAACUAUCAAAAGCCUUAAUUAAAUCACCUAUCUAUCAUCCGUUGACUGUUUUUAAUCCUGCGCCUGGUGUCAUGGCCUAUGAAACACCAUUGCCCUAUUCGGGUAUUGAUGUAGAUAGUUCUGUAUGUCCAUUACCAUUAUUAGAACGUCCUGGUUAUUCUACCACAAGUCGAUAUUUAGAUAGAGAAGACGUUAUUCAAGGUGUUAUGCAAUGGAAAAAAUUCAAUAGUACAGGUUUAUCAGCAUUAUCACAAGCACCAACAAUGUCAAAUGUAUGGGUACCACGAUGGAAUGAUCCAUUUCUUCAUGAUAUAUUACCGACAAAUGUUCCACCACUUUUACGUGAAAUGCCAAUUGAAGAUAGAGCCCAGGUUCUUGAAGAUGAGAUAAAUGAAUCAAAAAUUAUUUUAACACCAGAGAUGCUACGAGCAGAAUUUAUUGAAAGUCAUUUGGAAGGCAGUGGAAAAGCGAACGAUAUUUUUCCUUAUGGUGAUAAACUUCCAGAGACCAAUGUUCCAUUAUCAGCGCAUGGUCUCGAGUCUCGAGCACAACGUGAACAAGAAUUAGGUUAUUUUCAACGGAAAAAAUUUGGUGAAUUAACCGAAAAAGUGAAUCGUCGUUUAGAAAAAUAUCAUUCGAUAGCACGUGACGAUACAAAUAUACCGGUUGUGGAAUCAUAA